AGUUAAGACGCCAUUUUACAUGGACGAUCCGUUUAGUAGUACAUAGAAAUCGUUUUUAGUUUAAUCUUUUCUGUGUUGAACUGUUGUACAAGUUCUAAUGAUUCGUAAAAUAAUACUUCUGUUAAAAGAUGUAAGUUUGAUGAUACAAUUUAUUUUGUUUAAGCUUCUUUAUUCAUCGGUCAAGCUUAUUGUCCUUAGUCCCUGCAAUCUUACUGCAGUAUAUUACAGAAAAUUAACGUCGUUUGCCUCCAAAAAAAGGUUUAUGUUGAAAGCGAAUGAAAAUACAAAAAUGUCGACUACAGGUCAAAAUAAUGGUAAAAAGAGUUCAAAUAGCUCUACUGUUAACACACCUUCCAGUACUCCCAUUACUACAAUAGCUAAUGGUACUAGCACUACAAAUACACAGAGCUCCCCACCACCCAACAAUGCACCUAAAUAUGGCACAUUGGUGCCCAAUAGAAUCUUUGUAGGAGGAAUUUCAGCUAAUACAACUGAAGGUGAAUUGAUGCAACUCUUUAGCAACUAUGGCACUGUAAAGGCUGCUAAAAUUAUUCAAGAUAGAGCCGGUGUGUCUAGAGGUUACGGAUUUAUCACUUUUGAAAACGAAGAUGACGCUAAGAGACCUCUUAGAGAAGCUGAAAACAUAGUAUUGCGCGAAAGAAAACUCAAUAUAGCCCCAGCUAUAAAGAAACAGCCUUUUAAUAGAACCUUUGAUGCUUCUAGUCCUCCAGCAGUGGCAGCAGGUAACCCGGCUCAGUUCUUUUUCCCACCUGGAGCGGCUAUGCCAUAUUUCCAAGGUGGCGUAGCCUAUUAUCACCAACCGGCCUCUGCCGCACCAGGAGAUCCUACAGUACAACCCCCUGUUUACCAAACUCCUCCGAUGUAUCCUACACAAACUGGUCCGCCUCAGGCACCUGCUUAUCCAUCUAUGAUGUUUCCUCAGACUAUUUACAUGCCUCAACAGUAUCCAAUACCUAUGCCGUUUGAGUACAAUUUCUACCAGGGUAACGGCGUCCCGCCAUCGACUCAAUACAUGGCCGGAGGCCAAACCGGUCCAGGAGGUACCCAAUGUAAUCCCAUUAUUCGAUCAAGUAGUCCGCAAAGACCCAAUUGCUAUGCUCAACAGUUGCCCCCGUAUAAUCCAAACGAGCAAUUUUUCUACAAUCUACCAAUGUACGGAACAACCAUGGAAGGGCCCGCCGUUUAUUCCGAAGCAUUCGAUUUGGGCGCCGGUGGACCAUACACCGAGGAUAACUACGAUAUUACCGAACAAACCCUUACAUCACAAGACGUUGACACAUCGCUAAUGCCUUCAUCACAACUGCCGUUGGCACUCCCUUUGGGGGUAUCAUCGGGUACCAAUUUUUCGUCUAAUCAACCUCAAGUGACAAAUAACGAUACGUCAAACGUUAGUUUCGGCUGUAGCAGACCAUCAUCAUUACAACAACAACAAUCAACGGAUACAAACCGGGCGCAUAUUUUACCGAACGAUAGAAAAUCGCAGACGCCGGUCGUAUCCGUUUUAUCGAUCGAACAACAACAGGAAAAAGACUAUUCGUCGAUGCAAAGCGGGCGCAGACGCAAACCGAUUAUGCAAAAUAAUCAAAACAUCCCCGUUUAUCCUUCUAACGGUUUCGUUAAUCCAUUCGUAGGAUUCAACCCUCAACAUCCUCCUCCGCCCCUAUUCGGUCCUCAUCAUCCUCAUUCGGUAUUCGGUUUCCCGGAUUAUCGCAGAUUUAACGGAUACAUUGAAGGACGUCCGAACAAUUUUAAUAUAAACAGAACGCGUAAACGAAAUUUCGAUCAUAGACAAUGGAACGAUCAUUCGAGUCGUUCGAGUUUACGCACCGAUUCGAAUUCAUCUUCGGCUAGUCUAGUCGACGAAAAUAAAAACGAGGAUAAUAAAAUAGUAAAUACACCCCCGCCGGCUCCCUAUUCGCCACAAUUGAAAUCGAUCAGUUAUGCGAAAUCAUUUCACAACAACAAUUACAAAAAACAAAAUAAUAACAAUAAUGACGAUAAUAUGAAAUAUUAUUAUUACAACAAUAAGACUGUAUCGAAUACUACUAACGAUUUGACGAAAAACAAAAACAAAACCCCACCCGUUAACAACAACAACAACAAUAAUUUGAUAAUUGAUGAUAAAACCCGUCAUCCUGAAUCCUUAACACAAUCCUCCGAUUCCCAGGUACAUUUAUCGACUACGACAAAUCAGAGUUACGUACCGGCGGUGGUGACUGCGCAACCGCAGGCGAGACGCAGUAAACGUUCGUUGCGCCGCAGUGGCGCCGGAAGCGGUAUGGUUAACGAAAUCGGUGCCGGAGACGCUCCGCUACCCGACGAAGUCGCCGGCGAGGUGCGCAAGAAGAUGGAUUCGCUCAAGUUGUAACAUCCUCCUUUUUUUUCUGUUUUGUCUCCUUUUUGUAUAUUUUUCAUUUUCUAUUUAUUUAAGACUGUACAAUAAAUGUAAUAUACCGUAAAUUUAAUGUACGUAAGAAAGAGAAAGAGAGAAAGGGGUUAUAAUAAAAUAUAUUUAUUUAUUGAAGAAUGAGGAUAUAUAUAUAUGUGUGUGUAACGAAAAGUGAUUAUUUUGUUGUUGUUUUGGGAGCGGGCUCGUCCAACUUCGACAGUCUUCUCAAUAAAUAAGAAAAAUAAAAAUAAUUAGAAAUCGUCAAUUAUCACCCCAAAAUCCUCUUCUUUAAUUCCCUUUUUCAUCGCAAUAAGGAGUCAAUUUGAUUAUUACCAGUAAGACAUUAUUUUUGUAUUGAUUAGAACCGAAAUCGAACUUGGAAGAUUGCGCCCUCCCUUUUUGAGUUUUCGAACAAUAUAUUUAUAAAAAUAUAAUGAUAUAUAUAUAUAUUGAAAAAGAUUUUUAAAUGACAAUAUUACGUUGAGAAUUAAAGCAGUGAGAUGCCAUCUGUAGAGGACGCGUUUCGUAGUUUAGUUUUGUUUUUUUUUUUUUAUUAGAUGAAACAUUGUGCUCUAAGGUGAGUUAUUUAGAUUCGGAUAAACGGAUUUAAAGAAAAAAUAAAAAUAAAAAACGUUAUUUAAUAUUUAAGACUAUAUAUAACGUAAAUUUGUAAGCGAUAGUUUUUUUGUUUGUUAUUAUCGUUUGUUUCUAUGUGUAAAAGAUACUCUUAUUCUAUGAUAAUUGAAAAAUAUAUCGUCGUUGACGAGGAUGAUUGAUUUUCCUACGUUUCUACGAAAAAAUUAAUCAAAAGGUAAAUUUGUUUUCAUUUAAAAUAAAUUUGAUGUUUUUUAUAUUAAAAUUAUUUUUGGAAAUUCAUAUUCUCAUUAAAAUAUUGAAAACUUUUCUCUGUCUGUAUGAAACUAAUAAAUUUUCUUUUUGUUUUGUAACUAUUCGAAACUUGGGAAAAUUGAUUAAUUCGUAUACUAAAUCAAAAUAACGCGGAUAAGUUUUUUUUGUUGUCGAACGAAAAAGUUUUAGAUCUGUGAUAUUAAUAAUAAAGACGAAACGCAAAAAAUCACUUUGCAUUACCUAACAACACAAACAAAAAAAAACUUACCCGUUACAAUAUCCAGUCAAAUUUAUUUUUCAUUAUCUAAAUGAAAAUAUUUCGUACGAUCCAAUAUAUCGACUCGCCCUGUAUUUUUUUGCCAAAACUAGUACUUAAGUUACGAUCUCUCAACCACGAAUGAAUUUAUCCUCGUUAAAAGACUAUUUAAUAUUUGAAACGUACAGGGUUAGUCACUCACUGAAUUACGGUACGCAAAUGUUUGUUACAUAUUUUUUAAAAUGUGACCUGCCUUGUAUUACAAAAUAUUUUCUUUUGUAUGGAAAGUUGUGCUCAAAAAUAAUCUGCCAGUUACGGUUUGGAAACGAUUUAGUAAAUCCUGCCAGGGCGUUUGAAAAAUAAGAGAUUGAAUUUGACAGAUUAUGAAAUGAUCUAUAUCCUGAUUGAAUUUCAUUAGUUUUUGUCCAUUAAAUGUCCAAUAGAACAAAAUUUGAAUAUUUUCCAUUUCUAGUGUACCAAAAACGUAUAAAAAACUUUAUAAGUAGUAGUAGUAGUUUUGUACAUUUGGAACAAAAUUGAUUCGUUAAAAAUUUUCUUUCAUUUUGUAGUAAAUUGUCCUGUGUACCUCAAUGGACGAAUACUCUUAUUACAUCCUUUGUGUUGUAUCCAGAUCACUGUAUUUGAUGAAGAAUAUUUUGAAAAAUUAUCAAAAAAAACAUAUUUGUAUCCAGGAAAAGAUAUAAUAUAUUUUUCCAUUUAUUUCAUUUCCUUUUCACAUUUUCAUCUUAUUUUCUUUAUAUUCAAGCCCAAAUAUAAAUGUUUAGUACAAAACUUUACUGAAUACAAAAUAACUUUCUAAACUAUGUAUUAAUAAUUGAGCAUUAAAGAGCAAAAAUGAUCAUCAUUUUUGCUCUUCAAGUCGAUCUUCUUUUGUUCAAUGACCCUUUAACGCUUAGUUAUGUUUAUUUGAAAUUUUUUUACCUUUCUCAAGCUCUUUACAUAAGGUUUAGUACCUAAUAUUAAUAGUUUCCUUAUUUGUCAAAUGAGUGUUCAAAUACCUUUUUCAAUAUCUAUCCAGAAAGAAUCUUGUGUCUUUUUGAGUUUCCUCUUUGUAUAUUUUUUUCUAUUGAAUUUUGUAUAUGUUUCUAAUGAUCUGGACACAACUCCUUAGUUUUCCCUCCUAUUCAAAAUGAUCUUAUUUUGUCCAAUGUCUUCUUAAUUUUUCUCACCUAGCUCCUUUUGCCCAAUGACUUUUCAAAUUAUUGUUUCUUUUCUUUUUCUUAGAUCCUUUUCCUCAUUUUUUUUCUAUAUUUCCAAUGAUUUGAAGCUAACUUAUAGUUAUUUCUAUAUCUUCAAUUAUCUGGCACAAUUUUAGGGUUUUAGCAAUUAUUUGUGACUAUAUUUUUUGUACAAUGUCCAUUUUACUUCUCGGCAUGUUUUUUUGGGAUCCUUCUUGCCUUUUUAAGGUUUUUACUCGAAGUUUUUGUAUCUAUUUUUGAAUCAAUAAACGUAACAUUCUUAUUAUCUGUCUUUUGUUCAAUGACUAUUCAAAUUAUUCUUCCUAAUUUGAUUCCAAAUAUUAUGGGCUACAUGUCUUUUUAUAAGUUCCUUGUAGCUUAUUUUUACUUUUUCUCAAUUGAUUUCUAUAUUUUCAAUGAUUUGGACACAACUUUAUAGUUUUACCAACUCUUCAAGGCGAUCUUAUUUGUCCAAUGUCCAUUUUACUCAUAAGCAUGUUUGUUUGAAUUUUUCUUAGCUUUGGCAAGUUCUAUGCUCUAGAUUUUUAUAACUUUUUUUCGAAAGAAUAGUCAUAAUUUUCUUAUCUGUCUUACUUUGUCCAAUGACUAACCCAAUUAUUUCUCCUUAAUUGAUUCGAAAACAUUUUUAUGUCUUUCCAAGUUACUCGUAGUGUAUUUUUCCUUUUUCUCAAUAUAUAUCUACAUUUUUUUGUGUUCUGGGCACAACUUAAUGGUUUUCGCAACUAUUUAAUGCAAUCCUUUUUGUCCAAUGACUAAUUUACUUGUUACCAUGUUUGUUUGAGAUCUUUGCCCAAUGACUAUUCAACUUAUUUUCCUUUUGAUCGAUUUGAAAUCAUCCUCAUAUCUUUUUCCCAAGUUUUUUGCAGCUUAUUUUUUCCUUUUCUUAAUUUGUUUCCACAUGUUUACAGACCUCUACGUAACUUCAUAGUUUUUCCCAACUACUACACUUAUUUUUGUCCAAUGUCCAUUUUAUUUGCAUGUACCUUUGAGGUUUUUUGCUUUUUCAAGUUCUGUAGUCAAGUUUUUUACCCUUAUUUUCGAUUCAUUUCUAUAUUUUUAAUGUUCUAAACACAUAUUUUCAAAACUUCAUUUUUGUCCAAUGUACUCAACUUUUCAUCAUUAUUAUUUGAGGUUAUCUUGCUCAAGCUCUUCACUAAUAGUUUCCUGACUUAAAUUGUUCUUCAAUAUCUAAAUAUUUUUAUUUGUCCAAUGACUGUUCAAGCACCUCUUCUUAUAUUUAUCUGGAAACAGUUUCUCCUAGCGAAUUUUGUUCAAUCUCAACAUGUUCAUUUCAACCAUUAUUUUAAAUAUUCAUAAUUUUUUUCGUGGUACAUUUAUUUCCAUAUUUUUUCGUGAUUCUUGACCAUAUUUUGUCCAAUACUCGUUCAAAUUCUUUCUAUAUUUGUUCUAAAGAUCCUUAGGUACUUUUCAUACUAAUUAUUUAUUUUAUUGUCAUUUUUAGUGACUAUUUUAUUAGGUCACUCGGUACACUAAUAUUUUUUCUCAGAAAUGACGUUUCUUAUUUUAAAUUCUUCUAGAUUAACGAUGGAAUAUUUCUGAUUUGUAAUAAUGUAUAAAUCGUUUCCGUUUAAAUAUUUGAACAAACCUUAAGCAACAUUGUAUUUUUCAAUUUUAGGCUGUGACAGUUUAAAACGUUUGUUAAAAAAUAUUUAUUGAUGUUUUGUAGUUUUUAUAUGCCGUUUGAAUGUAAAAAGAAAAAUUACGUUUGGGAAUAAUUUUCGACGAAAGUUAUUACAAAAGUAUUAUUUUUCUUCUUGUCAUCGAAUCAAUCAAAAAUGUCGAAAAAUCGAAAUUGUUAAACGUUCCAAAAAGCCUAACAGUUUUCAAACGUAGAAACACGUUUUUUUUUCGAUUUAAUAGAAGCUACCACUGAGGAAAAUAUUUUCCGAAAUGGUAACUUUGUUUAAUUGAUUUUUCAAAAUUGUAUAUUCCCAUAUAAAGAUAUUUAUAAAAAAAUAGAUUAGUUUGUAUUAAAUAUAUAUAAAAAAUAUACAUAUUCUCUAUAUACAUUGAAAAAUAGUAUGUAAGGAAGGUAAAUUAUUGAACUAGUUUGUAAGGGAUAUUUGAGGUUACAUAAGAUACUGAAUUUUUCAAAUAUUUGGCCAAAAUACAUUGACACGCAGAAAAAAACACGUUUCAAUCGAAUUCCAUCCUAAUGAAUAAAUCAUUUUAUAUGAAAACGUUAACGAAUUAGAAAUUUUUAUUAAUGGAAAAUGGAAAACAAUAACUUUGAAAUUUUGUUUUAACAAUUUUUCGACUUGAUUCCAAUCAGAUAUUUUCUCUAUUUUUUUUAUUAAAAAAUUGAAAAACAAUUUAUAAUUCUACUAUUUUCUGCCUUAACUUCACUACUAAUGUCUUUAUAUGCUCUAGAGUCAUCAAAUCUUGCCUAUUUGUCAUUUUUCACCUUGAGUGUACCUGAUUUUACAAAAUUUUGUGAAAUUUUUUGGUUUGUCAUAGCUACGUCAUUUGAAAUUUUCAUUAUUCAUUAUUCAUUAUUCUUAUACCUAAUCAGUUUUUCUUCUAUUUGUAUCCAUAGUUUCCCCUUCAAGUUCCUUGUGGCGAAUUUUGUCUUCUCAACUUCAUAAGACAAUCGAAGAAAGUGAAUAAUAAGUUCGAUGUGAAUUAUGCCUCAACAGGAGUAUUUUAAUUAUUCAGCAGUUUGUUUGGGGUAUUAAAGAAAAAUAUAUGAGUCACUUUUCCAAAUUUCUAGUAACAACUCUAAUAAAGAAAUUUUUUUUUCUGUGUUGUCCUUUGUAAAGUAGGUACAAUUAGUAUUUAAUAAAAAAUGUUCAUUCGUAUUGUUCCUAUUUUGAGUUAUUUGUUCCUAAAAAUAUUUAUAUUUUCUGCCUGUCAAUAAUUACAGAUUUUUUCGUUUGUUUCUUAACCAGUUCGUUUUGGAAGAGAUUUAAAAAAAUAAUAAUAAAAAUGUCGUAUUUUGUAUUUUCUUUUCUUCUUGUUAUUGUUGUUGCGUAAUGUACAACGUACCUGUGUAUUAUUACAAAUUGUAAAUAAUUUAUUUGGUGUACAGGGCGCGCUAAUACACAAUAUUGACUACACCCCCUGUAUACUACUUGUUAAAGUAAAUUUAAUGAUAUUUUUAUAGCAUUGGCGAGGAUACAGUCCGGGAAAAUUUGUCUUCAAAGGUGAUUUAUGAGGUAAUUUAUUGAAUCUACAAUAUAAAAUAUUCCGAAGUAUUUAAAAUAGUUUUAUGAAGUAUUUUUUGGAAUAGUUUACUGAGUGGGAGUGAUAAAAAGUGUUUUGUUUUUGAAAUUUGGAAAAACGGUAAGUGUUUGAAAGAAAUAGUUCAGAUAAAAGUUGUAUAUCUUUUAAUUUUACACAAAAAUGAUCCUUGAACGUUUUCGCUAUCAUUAAUAUUUACAGAAUUAGGGGAGUUGGGAUAAGAGUCCAAAAAAUUGAAGAAAAGUUUUUUCAAAAUUUAGGAAAAAGAUGAAAGUUUGAAAGAAAAAGUUCGGAUAAAAGUUGUAGAUCUUUUAAUUUUAUAUGGUCCUUGAAAGUUUUUUGCUAUCAUUAAUAUUUACAGAGUUAAGGGGGUUGAAAUAAGAGUAAAAAAAGGGUUUUUUCAAUUUUUGGAAAAAUAAUGUAAGUUGUAGAUCCUUUAAUUUUACAAAAAAAAAGGACCUUUGAAAGUUUCUAUUUAUAAGAAAGGAAUUGAGACAGGAGUGGAGUGGGGAAAAUUUAAAAAAAGUAUUUUACAAAAUGUUGGAAGAAGAGUUCUAGAUCUUUUAAUAUUACACAAGGCUAUUUCUUUUAUAGUUUUUCGCUAAUAUUCAUAUUUACAGAGUUGGGUAGGUUAGUGUACAAUAAAACUUUUUCCAAAAUUUUGGAAAAACGAUAAAAGUUAGAAAGAAAUAGUUCGGAUAAAAGUUGUAGAUAUUUUAAUUUACUUCAAAAAUAGUAUAUUGAAGGUUUUUUCUGUCACUUAUUUACAGAGUUAAGUUGGCUCAAGCUUAGGGGAUGAUUUAAAACUUUAAAAAAUUGUAACUCGGAGAAUUAUAAAUUUUCAAAAAAUUCAUAAAUGUUUAAAAAAAUGAAAUUUAAUUUUAGAAAAUUAAAAAAGAUUUAUCAAUAUUUUUCAUAAAAGUUGUAAUAAUUUGUUUUAUUAUUAAAAAAAAAUGGUUAAAAAUAAAAUUUUGAAUUUUAUCUUUGAAAUUAAAUUGGUGGCAAGAGUUUAGAGGAUGGUAAAUUACAAAUAAAAAAAAUUAUAACUGGUUAAAAAAUUCUAAAUUUGAAAAAAAUCUCAAGCAACGUUUAACUCCCCAAACUCAAAAAUAUAAGUAAAAGCGAAAAACUUUGAAGAACUAUUUUUAUGUAAAAUUGAAAAGUCUACAAUUUUGAUUUGAGAAACCUAGAAAAUAAUCGAAAAUUUUAAUAGGGGCAUUUCAAAAUAACUUUUAUUAAAAAUGUAUGAAUUCACCCCUUAAUGCGCGCUUAAAGACAAAUUUUCUCGGAAUCAUAUAUAAAAGUGUAAGUAUGGCAACUAAUAUAGUUUCUAGCACGUUUUUUCAGGACAACCUGUAUAUGUACGAGAACAUUACAUAUACUCGAUGAUUUUUUUACUAAGUAUUUACUUUAAUAAUCAUAAUAAUAAGCACUGGAGUAUCAAAGUUUAUUGAAAUUUAAUUUGCUUGCAUUUAUAUUUUAUAACCUUUCUUUAACAUCAUUAUUCUCUCUAUCCAGCUCACCUCAACUAACUCAAACAAAAUGUCUAUACUCAUUUUCCAACCACCUGUUAAUGUCACAAGGUUUUUAGACAAAAUAAUCACACUGGCAACACUGCAAACGAUCUGGUUAUAUCUACCGAUCUUCGUAUAUCUAAUUUCUGACAGUUGUGGAAUCAAAUUGUAAAAGUGAAAAUUCUCCAAUUUUUCAAAAAUCAAUAAAAAGAUAUUUCUCGCUUAGAUGGACGUUCUAAAUUCAAAAUUUGACGCAAAUGUUGAACGGUUUGAGCCAAAAUGGUGCUUAUCAGCUCAAAGCUAUACUGAUUAAAGAUAUGGUUAAUGGAAAGUUUACAUUCACGCACUACUUUUGGUUUUCCUUUAUUGAUCGUCGCGUCCACUUACCAUACGUACCCCCAGAAACUUAACUUCACUGCAGGCUUCUUAAUGUCUCCUCAUUUUUCUUGAUGUUUCCUCAGGUUCUUGCAGUCUCAUCUAUAUCAGUUUCCUUGUGAGAAACGUACCUCCAGAUACUUUACUUCGCUACAGGCUUCUUGAUGUUUUCUAGGGUUUCUUAAUGUCUCCUCAGGUUUCUUGAUGUCUCCUCAGGCUUCUGUAUCAGUUUCCUUGUGAGAAACGUAUCCCCAGAAACUAAAUUUCACUACAGUCCUCUUGAUGUUUCCUCAGGCUGGGGGUAGGGGCAUUUUUUCCAGAUCUAAGUAAUAAAAUUGGCGGUGCAGCCAAAAGUGGUUAUUCCCAAGACAUAGAGAGAAUUUUGUAUUUCAUUUCCACGAAUUUUUUUUCUGAUUCUAAUUUUUUUUUAAAUUCUCGUUGCUCCUAAUUGCAACCUUUUUAAAAUGUCAUCGAGCACAAAAAGUAGCGGCCAGCAAUAACAUCCUUGUCAAUUUACACUACGUACCGUGUACAUAGAUAUAAUUUAUGUAAAAAUAACUUACAGGGUGUUCCAAUUUUUUACCUGCAGUACAUAUUCAUCUAAAGUUCAAAAAACAAAUUGUUGAAUCUUUGAGAAUUUUAACGUCCAUAUUAACAGCGCGUUUCGAAGAAACUAACGAGUUAAUUCGAAACGCUUUGUAAACGGUUCACCCUGUAAUAAGCUCUACAAGGUUGUGUCAUACAAAAGUAGGGACUAUAUUUAUAUAUAUUUUUUAGAUAUUUAGGUUAUGGGUCAAUUAAAGGGUUUUGAUAUGAACACUAAUAUGGUAAAGGAUGUCUCAAUAAAAGAGAACUUCUAGAAAUGUAAAGUGAAACCAACACAACAAAAAUAAAUAAUCGACUUUAUUUACAGAAAAUUAUACACAGUGAGAUUAAAAAUACUAGUUGUGACUAUUAAAUUGCGAGACUGUAAUUUUUUUUUUCUCCAAUCAUUGAACAAAAUUUCACCCACCUUGAUGCAGUAUUCACCUAAGGAACUUGAUAGAAAUUGUAGGAUGUAAAAUUCGACAAGGAACACCGAGAGGAAAAGAUGUAUUACAUGUAUUGACAAUAAGGCUUCCUGCAAUCUCGUCUGUAUUAGUUACCUUGUGAGAAAAGUCCUCCUAGGAACCUAAUUUCGUCCCUGGCUUCAUGAUUUCUCUUCAGGUUUCUUGAUGUUUCUUUAGGCUUCUUGCAGAAUCGUCUAUAUUAAUUUCCUUGGAGAAACGUACCCCUAGAAACUAAAUUUCACUGCAGGCUUCUUGAUGUCUUCUCCUCAGGCUACUUGCAGUUUCAUCUGUAUUAGAAGGAAACGUCCUCAUAGGCAUAGUCAUGGUAACUAUUUUUUUGUUGGGAAAUGUGACAUUUACAAACGAACAUUUGUGAUUCGUUUACAACCCUCGUACAAAAUCAAAACAAAAAUGAUUUUUUUUCUUCAAUAAAUUAGCUCCAGUAACGGAUUCUACGAGUUUCGACACAUUUAAUAUUUACACCUCGUAUAGAAAGUUGGGUUAUAUAAUUUUUUGUGAGGUUUUUUUUAUAGAUAAAAAACUACGAUAAACGUUUCUUACAAAAAAGAAGUUCUUUCAAAUCAAAGUAUAGGUAGUGAUGAGCCAAAACAUUGUGAUAGUUUUAAAAAACAUUGUAUCCUACUUAUUAAGAAGUCUACAAAUCAUGACGAAAAUUGAUAUUAUUUAAUCUAAAUAAAAAAGUAUGAGACGAAUAUAAUGAUUUAUUAUGUCAUUAUAACGAAAAUAUUUUGAUAACAAACUUUCUAUAGUUAUAAUAAAUUCUUGAUUUAUAGCGAAAAUUGCUGAGUUGUGUCCUGCAUUUUAUGUCUAAAACAUCUUUUGACGACGUUUUAACAAAUCGAAAUAUUCUCGUAUUUUAGUUAUCAAUCGAAUUAAAAUCGAUACGCGUGGAACAUUUUUCUGUAUUAAUGUAAUGACAAUUAACCUUAGAACAUAAAAUAUUCUAUGUUAUAAACAAUUAACUAACCAGGAGUCCUCAAUAUUUUAGUGGAAAAAUUUCGGAUUUCAAAAUAUCUUCGUGUUACAAUCUUUUGUUUUUUUUUUUCUGUAUUUUUAGACAUUUUUGUGCUUCUUGAUUUUUUGAAUUUGAGGUAAGUUUGUAUCUUAUAAACAGAUUUAUGAAUUGAUGAUGAGAUUUAUGUAAUUCGUGGUACUAAAACUAGUUAUUUUUUUGUUUGUAAUACCAAUUUGACUAAAUUUGAUUAAAGAACCUCACUUUAACGGGAUAAUUUUUAUGUAAAAAUAAAUUUUCUUGUGAGAAAUACGUUUGAGACAUUUACAUUGGACGCCUACUAUAAUAUAUCAAUUUUCACUUCGAGAUGGGCUUAACUCAUUUGACUAAUGUGUAGGUAUUUAAAGAAAAGUAUUUGUAAUAGUCAAUAAUAAUAUUCAUUUACCAAAAAAAUUGGAAAUAAACGUAUAAAUCCCAUUUUGAAAUAUAUUUAUAUCUAAAACAAAUUACCAACGAAAACAACACAAAAUGUUUCGAACAUAACCUAUAAAUUCAAAAUUUAACAAGUAUUGGUAAAUUCUCAUUUAUUUAAAAUGGAUUUUUAUUAUUUAAAAUACGUUAUUCCGUUAAAAAUCUAGUAAUCAGAUAUGAAAAAUAACUUAAAAAACUCAACAAUUUAUGUAGCUAGAAAUUUGGUAUCGAAAAUAAAUUUUAAAUUAAUAAAGGUACAAAUGAGUUACAAUGCGGGGCGAUCGGUGGGAGUCGUUGAAAUAAGAAACGCGUUAUAUAAGGUUAUUUGCCGAUUUUAACCAUUUAUUUUGAAUACCAAGAAGUAGAGUACCUAUUUUGGGACAAAAUUUAAAGAAAUUUAGUUGUUUCAGCGCUUUCUAAAUUGCAUGUAUAGAAUUUCCAUAGCCAUCAAUUUAUUGUUACUUUAGGAAGUUCUAUAACUGUAAAUUGUCAUCAAUUUAUAAUUUCAUUCCAUAAACACAAAGCACUAAUUAUAAUUUUCUAUUUUUAACUACAAAAAUGGGAAAUAAAUUCAAAAUUUAAUCGCAAAGAAAAAUGUUUCCAAUCUAAAUGAAUUACUCUGUAUAAAAAAAAUACUGAGAUAUUAUCACAAGCGGUAGGAAACAACAACAGUAUAAAUAUCGUUUUAAUCAAUUCUUUUUCUAAAAAAAUCGAUAUUCGUGUUUGAGCUGGAAAAAUUUUUGAGGGAAGCUUAGAGGUUGGAAAGUUAACGACAUCUAUCGGCAAUUUUAAAAUAAUAAUAGUUAGGAUUUGUGGACUUUGUCAGGGAGACAAUUAAGUGUGUUCAAUUUUAGAGGCUUAAGAAGAUAGUAAGUUUGGACCCACGUAAUACGCCAGAUCUUGAUUUAGUAUUAGAAAUUAGUAUAAAUAUGUAAAUUAGCUAAUUUUAGAAUAAAAAAAAAUUAAAACUGAAAAACCAAAUGGAAAGAAUAUUUUUCGACUCGUUCGGUAGUUUUUUUUUCAUACUUGUUAUUUUUUUGAAAUUUUUUAUUAUAACGUUAGUGAUAUGUUUUUCUACGAAAUUGUUGGAUAAUAAAAAAAAUUUAUAAGACGUCGAAAACUAUUCUGUCUUGUGAAAAGUGAGAAAUAUUAUAUAAUAAAUGACUUAUUGGCGCUAAGGCUAUGUACAAAAUAUCCCAGUUAUAAUAAAUAUUCUUA